AUGGCAACAACGGCGGCCGUGCAGCAGAUUCCACAGAUUUCUUUCUCCGCAACUAGCCCCCUCCUUUCGAACAAAGACGCAUAUCCCUACUUCCUGAGAACUGUGCCUCCGGACACUGUUCAAGCGAUCGUGCUUUGGAACUGGAUCCUCGAGUUCGAUGUGCCGCUUGCAAUUUGUUUAUAUACCGAAGAGGCCUAUGGCCAAUCGCUAUUCAAAGCUCUCGGUGCACAGGCCCAAAGUGCUUCCGGCAGGCUACGGCUGGUAGGCCAGGCUGUACGCUACAUGCCGCCCGAUGCCUUUCAAGAAGAGGAGGCUCGAAGGUCUUUGGAGCAGACGAAGAGCCUUGGCUCUCACUUCCUGGUGCUCUUGAUCGAGUUCAGCAUGGUUCCACGACUGAUGCCGGUAAUGGCCCAGGAGGGACUUCUGGCUUCAGAUUGGCAAGCAAUCGGCUCAGAUACCCUGGCCUGGCCUACUGCGCACGCCUUCCUGCCCCUGGGCUUUAUGAUGGUGGUCGCCCGGGGACAAGGCUCCAAGUUCUCCGAAUUCAGAGAUCUUUGGUCGACACUGGGUUAUUCAGACCUUCUGGGAAGCGACGCUCAAGCCAGGUACGGCAUUGGCAGGAUGAGAACACCUUUGGCCGAAGUCUCCAACGCGACAUUAUCCGCCGCCGUGCAGUCAUACCAUGCGUUUGCUUUCGAUGCUGCGUAUUCCUUCAUCAUUGCCAUCAACCAGAUGCUCCUCAGAGGGGUUGCAGAGCAUGCCGUCAGGGGCCAGGCGCUUCUCGAGGAGCUGAGAGGCAUGAACUUCAGUGGUGUUUCAGGUGACGUGCGCUUCGAUUCCAACGGGGAUCGUCUAGCAUCAUACGAGCUUCUGAACAUGCAGGGGGACGCGCUCGCGCCUGUGGCAUCCUCUGUAGCCAUCUUCAGCACAUCUGCGCUCGAGUUCUCUUUUCGGAGUCGAAGCGGGCUAGUAUGGAUGAAUGGUCUUCCAGGUGCAAAUCCACCAGAAGACUUGCUAGCUUGCGAUGCUGGUUUUUUCAAAGAGGAGCUGUCGCGUCAAUGCCGACCCUGCCCCAGAGGUACGAUGUGUCCGGGUGGAGUUGAUGCCCAGUUUCGGGCCUGUCCGAAAGGAACUUUCACAAACGAGACAGGAAUGACCUCUUGCUUGUUGUGCUUGGAGGGCUUUGCUGCUCGUGAAGUUGGCUCGGUCCAGUGUACGGAGUGCCAGCCAGGCUACGAAGCUCCGAUGCAGGGCAUGGAGGCUUGCACGCGCUGUGAGCUGGGCAGCUACAUGCCUUCUGUACAGGGCACCCGAUGCGUGCCCUGCGGACUGAACCAGACCACACUUUUCCGCGGGGCCGAGGCUGCAUCGGAAUGCGUUUGCCCGGAAGGCUUAUUCAUGUGCGAGGCUCGUGGAUGCAUCCCGUGUCCUGAGGGACUCUACUGCCCCACUGGCCUGGGGACACCCCAUCAAGUAGGUGGCUUCUGGACAGAGAGUUCAGGGCCUGGCCAGUGCGACUUCAGUGUCCUCCGCUGCCGAGAUCAAGCAGAAUGCCCGCCGGGGCCGCUUGGCGUGUGUGCAUCCGGCAGGGAAGGACUUGCAUGCAAUAACUGCAACGAGAACCACUUUCCUGGCGACGAUGGGACGUGUCAAGCAUGUGCAGAUGCCGAUGUGCUUCCUACAAUCUUGGUUCUACUGCUGGCGUUGAGUCUGUUGCUCGUUCUCGUUUGCACGCAUGUCGACCCGAAUCAACAAAGUCUCAAUGUUCUCACGGCAGCUGCGAUUUUCAGUCAGAUCAUUAUUUCCAUUCAAGCUUUGGGAUCCAUCCGGAAGCUUGCCAUCGCGUGGCAAGAACCAGCCAAGACCAUCGUGGAGUUAACGAGACUCCUUACCUUCGAUUUCGACAUCAUCAGAAUCUCAUGCUUCCUUGGUACUGACAGUCCUUCACUGAAGUUCUUGAGUAAAAUCCUAGUAUGCCCCUUCGGAUGCGCGGUGCUUCUGGCGACCUGGUUGGGAAUGAAGUUAUGUGGCCGGCACCGACCGCCGGAUAGCGUCGUGAACAUGUGCGGGUUGCUGUUCUUCGCAUUCUUCCUCUCCAUCGCUUUGACAAGCUUGAUUCCUUUUCGAUGCGCUCGGAAUCCCGACGGAAGCACUUCGAUGGUUUCAGACCCAGGCAUCAUAUGCUAUGAGUCCGAAGAACAUGCGGUCCUGGUGGCCUUGGCGGUGGCAGGCAUUCUAAGUCAGCCAGCGGUGAUUUUAGCAUGGACGUCCCACGCCACUUUCAUGUAUCCAUCACGUGUAGCCAGUGGGAGCGGCUUACGACAAGUGCACCGACAUCGCUUCCUCUUCCAUCGCUUCAAGCCUGAGAGCUUCUAUUUUGGCUUGGUCUUAUUGUACCGGAACGGAAUUGUGGCAGUACUCCCCGUGCUUUCUGUUGGCAUUGUGGAGCUGCAGGUACCGGUCAUGGGGACCAUCCUUCUCGCCAGCCUUGCACUGCAAGUGAGGACCUACCCCUGGCGGACGGUGCAAGCAAAUGUCGUUGACAUGCUGUUGACGGUGCUCUUGCUGGUGAUCUUGCUGGGGGCUGCGCCUUUGUUGAGCAUCGACUUCCAGAAUUCCUCUCAGGUCCUGGGGUGGCUCCUUUGUGUCCCAAUCUUCGGUUUGCUUCUCGUUGGACUGGCCGGUCUUUCCAGGGUGGCGCUCCGCCACUUUUACCCAGCCGCUCAGUACGGGGUUUUCUUGUGUCACCACAAGGGCGGCGCAGGCAGCCUUUGCCGACUCCUGAAGCUCAUUAUUGCCAGACACACUUCCACUCGUGUGUUUUUGGAUUGCGACCAGUUAGAGAAUCUAGAUUUCCUCUUCGACAUCAUUCGGACGUCAACGAACAGUGUUGCGGCGGUGCUGACGCCGGAACUGCUGCGCAGGGUUUGGUGUGGUGGAGAAAUAACAACUGCGUGGAAAAAUAAGAUCACCACGGUGCCGCUCGUUUGUGAUGGCUUCCUGCCGCUUUCAGAUGAGGCACAGAAGUUGAUUCCCACUCUGUGGACACCUCAACAGAAGCAAAUCCUUGCCAACUACGGCGUGGAGAUUGAAGACGUGCACGCAGCGUACGCCUGGUUACAGAACGAUUUAACCAGCAUCCAGAUGCCUCGAUUUGGGCCAGUGAGCAGACGUGAGGAAGCAGUUCUGGAAAUGCUGGCACGCUGCGGUUUGUAUGCUUUGCAAAUGCCAUCGGCAAGGUUGCGUCGAAUCACCUCGACGCCUGUCCUACAUAAUACAGACGCUGCAAGGGCUCGAAUUCUCAUCACAAGCUCUGUGGCUGAUGCCGAAUGCCUCUCUGCAUGCGAAGUCUUCCAGAUCAUGCUUCAGGCCUAUUUGCAAGUGGAGUGUGCAGUCGUCCACGGCUCCCGGCAGAUGAUUCAUUGGAAGCCCUACGCAUAUUACCUGGUGGUUUUGCUCUUUCGCGGCAUUUUCCGGGAUGCCGGCUUCCAGCGGAUCUUGACUGCAGCCUUCGCGGCUCCAGGGCGCCGCCUGGAGCUGGUCACGGUGCUGGCGGACUCGCACUUUGACUUCCCGUCGCUCGAGGACUCCGUCGACGGCUCCGGCGAUCUGAAAACCGUUCGAAGAACCCUCACCGAAGAGACUUCUAGCCCGUCCCAGCAGCUGGCUGAAGCACAGCGCGAGCUGCUCACGGUAUUGGCUUUGCCCUUCUCGCCUUUGGCAUCCGAGGGCCUUCAGCACAAGCAAGUCGCAGAGGUUGCUCACCGCAUGCAUAGGUACGAGGAGCCGGCCAAGGCGGCCAGUCUCGACGAGGCAGAUGAUGCGAGACUGGCGGAGGUAGAUAUGGGCGCAAAGAACUCCGACACGCUUGCCUGGGAUGCGGGGAAUGCGGGGGAGGGGGAACUUGGAGGGGAUUUAGGGGACCCAGAAGGUGUCACCGAGGUGCAUGCGGACCUGUCGCUGAGAAGCGACUCAUUGUCCAUUUGA